CCCUUUCCGCCCCGCCCCCUAGCUUUCAGGUUGCAUUCAGAUGCGGGAGCUCCUGGCUGGCUCCGGGCCUGAGAGUGCUCUGGGCUAAGGCUGGGGAUGGCGGGGCUCCGAUCCCAGGCCGAGCGGCCCCCUCCAGAAGCACCCUGAGCCUCAGCCCCGGCCCGGCCCGGCCCGGCGCGGGAUGUGCCGUCCCACCUCCGGGCCGGGCCGCUCGCGGGCCCUGCCUGCCCCCGGGCCUGCCCGCUGAGGAGGAGCCAGGGAGGGAGGGAUGGAGCCAGGGCAGAUCCGGGUGUGCGGGGCGGCGCGGGCCCCACAGGAGGCAGUGACAUUUAAUGACGUGGCCGUGGACUUCACCCAAGCUGAGUGGAGACAUUUGGAUCCUUCUCAGAAAGAGCUGUACAGAGAUGUGAUGCUGGAGAACUAUAGGAACCUGGUCUCUCUGGUAGGGCUUCCUGUUUCCAAACCAGAAGUGAUCUCCCAGUUGGAGCAAGGGGAAAGACCGUGGAUCAUGGAGAGCGAAGAGUUAAGAGAUUGGAAGACCAGGUCCAAAACAGAUGAAUCAGCUUCAGAACUGGGCUUUACUGUGGAUAAAUCAGUCCAGGAAAGAAAUCCAAGUGAUGGUUAUCAGGAUUCCAUAUUGAAAGAAGCCUGGAAUUGUGAUGUUGAGACACUUUCCCAGGAUAAUGAAUGUGAGGAACUUUUCAGCUGUGAUUCAAACAUUCAGCAUCAUAGAAUAGAUUUUGAAGAGAGAACUUGUGGAUACAGUGAAUGUGAGAAAGCAUUCCUCCAGGGAAAACAUCUUAAUGAGCACCAGAGAGUUCAUACACUAGAGAAACUUCAUAAAUGUAAUGAGUGUGGGAAAGCUUUUAGCUAUAGCUCAUCCCUUACUUUCCACCAAAGAAUUCAUACUGGGGAGAAACCUCAUGAAUGUAACGAAUGUGGAGAGGCCUUUAGAUGGAGCUCACAACUUACUUACCACCAGAGAAUUCACACUGGAGAAAAACCUUAUCAGUGUAAUGAAUGUGGGAAGACUUUUAUCCAGAGAACACAGCUCACGUCCCAUCAGAGAAUUCAUACUGGAGGAAAGCCAUAUGAAUGUAAUGAAUGUGGGAAGGCUUUUAGAUAUAGCUCGUCCCUUACUUAUCAUCAGAGAAUUCAUACUGGAGAAAAACCUUUUGAAUGUAACGAAUGUGGUCAGGCCUUCAGGUCAAAUACACAACUUAAUUCUCAUCAGAGAAUUCACACUGGAGAAAAACCUUAUCAGUGUAAUGAAUGUGGGAAGACUUUCAUCCAGAGCACACAGCUUACUUUCCACCAGAGAAUUCACACUGGCGAGAAACCUUAUGAAUGUAAUGAAUGUGGCAAGGCCUUUAUUCAGAGCACACAUCUUACUUACCACCAGAGGAUCCAUACUGGAGAAAAACCUUAUGAAUGUAAUGAAUGUGGGAAAGCUUUUAGCUCUAGUUCAUCCCUUACUUACCAUCAGAGAAUUCAUACUGGAGAAAAGCCUUUUGAAUGUCAUGAAUGUGGGCAAGCCUUCAGGUCAAAUUCACACCUUACUUCCCAUCAGAGAAUUCAUACCGGAGAGAAACCUUAUGAAUGUCAUGAAUGUGGACAGGCCUUCAGGUCAAAUACACAGCUUAUUUCCCAUCAGAGAAUUCACACUGGAGAGAGACCUUAUGAGUGUAAUGAAUGUGGGAAAGCCUUUAACCAGAGCACACAGCUUACUUUCCACCAGCGAAUUCACACUGGAGAGAAACCUUAUGAAUGUAAUGAAUGUGGGAAGGCCUUUAUUCAGAGCACACAACUUACUUACCAUCAGAGAAUUCAUACUGGAGAAAAACCUUAUCUAUGUAACGAAUGUGGGAAAGUUUUCAGGCACAACUCAUCCCUAAUUUACCAUAAGAGGAGUCAUACUGGAGAAAAACCUUAUUAGUAUAAUGACUGUGGUCAAGCCCUAGGAUGAAACACACCUUAAAUGUCAACAAAAAAAAAUCAUACUGGAGAGAAACCUGUAGUCUUUUGAAAGGCUUUUAGCUGAGACUCAAAACAUAACAUUGAAGAAUCAGUAUUGUAACAAAAACAAACUAUGGUAAAAAGGUCUUUAGACAGAACCACAUCAUUCAUAUUGUAUUGUUGAAUAUCAAACGAUUCCUAUUGGAGAGAACUUCUUUAUAGGAGGGGCCAUCAGCCAUAAAAUGUCUCUGCCUAAUUAUCAGAAUUCUGGAGAUAAACCACAUUAAUGAAGUGAAUGUGAGAGAACCUUUAGCUGGAAAAUGCUCUUUCAAUAAUUUUAGAAUUUCAUGUUAACGGGGCAACUAUAAAUGUAAGAACUGUAGCACAGAAUUAAUUUUAAUUGUGAACCUGCCGAGCACCACUGAAUUCACAUUUGACAGAAGCCUUAUAAACAUGUCACUGAUUUUCGCAAAAAUCACAGAAUCUCAGAAUCACAAGGGACUCAGAACCAUUUAAUCCAACCCAUACUGGACAAAGCAUGUCCCAAAACAGCACACCCCACAAAUAACCAUUCAGCUUUUACUUGAAGAUCUCCAUUAAGGUCAAAUCCCACUAUCUUGUAAGGCAGCUCAUUUGACAAUGGGAGAGCUCUAAUUAUUAGGAAGCCACCAUGUUCCCCCGAAUUUUCUUUUUCAUAAACAUCACCCAGUUCCUUAAUCUGGUUGCAUAUGGCAUGAACUUGGCCUUUUUCACUAUCUUCAUUGCCCUUCUCUCUCCAUUUCCUUCCUAAAAUUUAAUGCUCAGAAUGGAACACAGUAUUCCAGAUGUCAGUUGACCAGGGCAGAGUACAAGACUAUCACCCCUUUGUUCCUUAAAACUGUCUCUCAGAGUAGCUGAAGAUCUUAAUCCAAUGUGGUGCCCAUUAACCGAACCUUGACUCUUUUUUAUCUUUCCUUUUCAAAAUCACUUGGGGGAGCUAUUUUUCAUUGAUUUCUCUUUUUCCUACUGUUUCAUUUUAUUUUGACAAAGCAAACAUUUCCUAAUAAACACUCUCAUUGACAAAAUUCAGUCCCCCAAACAGUUAAGCAAAUUCAACUGAUAGAAAUCUUUACUGAUAGUACAUGCCACUUUCCUCUUUUUGUUAACUUUUCCUCUCAUUGAUUAACAUAAAUGAGUUGUGCUUUAACUUUUAUAAUUUAGUACCAACAUUUUGUGUACAUGACCAGAGUUAUGUUGCCAUUUAAUAUUGUCUUCAUUCAAAUUGCAGUCAGUAUGUAUUUUAUUCUUUAGGCUGUGCCUUCCUGUCUGCAUCAUUUCCUAUAAGUCUUCCCAUGUUCCUCUGAACUUAUAUUCAUGCUAUUAUAUUACAUUUGGAUAACAUCAUUUCUUUAACCAUUUCCCAAUCAUUGGGCACUAACUACAUUUCAUUUUCCCCCCAAUUUUUGCUGUUACAGUAGUACUGCUAAGAACAUUUUUUGUACAUAUGUGUCCUUUCUUACUGCUGUUGACCUGUGGGGCGUAAAUGCAGUAAAAAGAUUGAUGGCAGCUGGGUGGCACAGUGGGUAGAGCAUCGCCCUGGAGUCAGGAGGAUGUGAGUUCAAAUUCACCCUCAGACACUACUGUGUGAACCUGGGCAAAUCACAACCCCAACUGCCUCCAAAAAAAUAUUGCUGGAUUAAGGAUUA